AUGUUCGCUGCUAGGCAAGCAUUCUUCCAGGCCCAGCGCCGCUGCUUCUCCGCCUCGGCCCGCCAGAACUCAAAGGUCACCGUUCUCGGUGCCGCUGGUGGCAUUGGCCAGCCAUUGUCGCUGCUGCUGAAGCUCAACCCCAGGGUUAGCAAGCUUGCCCUCUACGAUAUCCGUCUUGCUCCCGGUGUCGCUGCCGACAUUGGCCACAUCAACACCAAGAGCGAGGUCACUGGCCACGAUGCCACCCCCUCCGGUCUCGCCGAGGCCCUCAAGGGCGCUGAGAUUGUCCUCAUCCCCGCUGGUGUUCCCCGCAAGCCCGGCAUGACCCGUGAUGACUUGUUCAACACCAACGCCUCCAUUGUCCGUGACCUCGCCAAGGCCGCUGCUGACCACGCUCCCGAUGCCAACAUCCUCAUCAUCUCCAACCCCGUUAACUCCACCGUCCCCAUCACUGCCGAGGUCUUCAAGGCCAAGGGCGUCUACAACCCCAAGCGCCUCUUUGGUGUCACCACCCUCGACGUUGUCCGUGCCUCGCGCUUCAUCUCCCAGCUGAAGAACACCGACCCCGCCACCGAGAACAUUACUGUCAUUGGAGGCCACUCCGGUGCUACCAUCGUUCCUCUUCUGUCGCAGUCCGGCUACAACCUCGAGGGCCAGAAGCUUGACGACUACGUCAGGCGCGUCCAGUUUGGUGGUGACGAGGUCGUCCAGGCCAAGGACGGUGCUGGCUCUGCCACUCUCUCCAUGGCCAUGGCCGGUGCCCGUUUCGCCGAGUCGCUCCUCAAGGCUGCCCAGGGUCAGAAGAACGUUAUCGAGCCCACCUUUGUUGACUCACCUCUCUUCAAGGAGCAGGGCUGCGACUACUUCGCCUCCAACGUCGAGCUCGGCCCCAACGGUGUUGAGAAGAUCCACCCUGUUGGCAAGAUCACCGACUACGAGCAGAAGCUCCUCGAUGCUUGCGUCACUGACCUCGCCAAGAACAUCAAGAAGGGUGUUGACUGGGUCAAGCAGAACCCAUAA